CACGUCAGACUCCGGAGGUUGUUGGUGCACCUUUUGUGGGGGCUAUUGCUCUGUCUAUAAAAUGGGAAGCACAUUCCCUUGUAAGCUGGACCAGUUCUCUCUCUCUCUCUCUCUCUCUCUCUCUCUAUCUAUCUCGACUCCAAAAGCCUAAAUCUGGAUCUGAAUCCCAAUUCAAACAAACUAGUAAGUUUUUGUUAAUAAAAAGAGUUUUUUAAGUUAAUAGAAAAGGCAGUGGUGUGUCGGUGAGAGAUCAGAAGCUGAGAAAAUGAAGGUAAUAGAGAAGAUCCAGGCAGGGCUUGCGGAGGAAGGGAAGGUGGUGUUCUCCUUCGAGUUCUUCCCCCCAAAGACGGAUGAUGGAGUCGACAACCUCUUCGAGAGGAUGGACCGCAUGGUCGCUCACAACCCCGCAUUCUGCGACAUCACCUGGGGCGCCGGUGGCUCCACCGCCGAUCUCACCCUCGACAUCGCUAACAGGAUGCAGAACAUCAUCUGCGUCGAGUCCAUGAUGCACCUCACCUGCACCAACAUGCCCGUCGACAAGAUCGACCACGCCCUCUCCACCAUCAAGUCCAAUGGCCUCCAGAAUGUUCUCGCUCUCCGCGGCGAUCCCCCUCACGGCCAGGACAAGUUCGUCCAGAUCCAGGGCGGCUUCGCCUGCGCCCUUGACCUCGUGAAACAUAUCAGAGCUCAGUAUGGUGACUACUUCGGCAUUACAGUUGCUGGUUAUCCAGAGGCACAUCCCGACGUAAUAGGUAGUAAUGGUGUGGCCUCACUGGAAGCUUAUCACAACGAUCUCGCCUAUCUCAAGAGAAAGGUUGAAGCUGGAGCGGAUCUAAUUAUCACUCAGCUAUUCUAUGAUACUGAUAUUUUCCUCAAAUUCGUGGAUGAUUGUCGCAAAAUUGGAAUAACUUGUCCCAUUGUUCCGGGAAUUAUGCCUAUUAAUAACUAUAAGGGCUUCAUACGCAUGACUGGUUUUUGCAAAACUAAGAUACCUGCUGAAGUUUCUGCUGCCUUGGAGCCUAUUAAGGACAAUGAAGAAGCUGUUAGAGCAUAUGGAAUUCACCUUGGAACGGAAAUGUGCAAGAAGAUUUUAGCUCAUGGGAUUAGGACAGUGCAUCUUUAUACGCUAAACAUGGAGAAGUCAGCACUAGCUAUAUUAAUGAAUCUUGGUUUGAUUGAAGAGACCAAAAUUUCGAGGCCCUUGCCCUGGAGACGCCCAGCGAAUGUUUUCCGUGUCAAGGAAGACGUUCGUCCAAUUUUCUGGGCUAAUCGUCCAAAGAGCUACAUUUCAAGGACUACAGGCUGGGAGCAGUACCCACAUGGACGAUGGGCUGAUUCUUGUAAUCCAUCAUAUGGAGCAUUAACCGACUAUCAGUUCAUGCGGCCACGUGCACGUGACAAGAAACUUCUUGAAGAAUGGGCUACACCUUUGAGGAAUGUUGAAGAUAUUCAUGAGAAAUUUAAGAAAUAUUGCCUUGGAAAAUUGAGAAGCAGUCCUUGGUCAGAAUUAGACGGGCUUCAGCCAGAAACACGAAUCAUAAAUGAGCAAUUGGGAAAGAUUAAUUUGAAGGGCUUCCUUACCAUCAACAGCCAACCAGCAGUCAACGGGGAAAAAUCUUCUUCCCCUUCUGUUGGUGAGUAAAAACUGUUGUGUAUUAUC